AUGCCACCACCGGAGAACAAGGACCUGGCUCCGUGCCCAGAGUGCAGAUCAGGAGAAAGUGCAACGGCACCAUUCUCACAUCCCAGUCUUCCAUCCGAAUUCGCUGCAAAAACAGCGUCGUUAGGUGCCAAGCGACGUCGCAUCAAGGAUCUGUCAGACGACCAGUGCCCCCUCCUCACCCUCCUCGUUGUUCAUGGCUCUCAGGACUGUCGACGACGUCGACUCGACGCCGCCAUGUUUACAGGGAAAGUAGGAGUUUGUGCCACGAACACGCUGACACCCCCACCUGCCGGUCUUGAAGACUUCGCCGUUUGUCUCCUCAUUCGGAUGGACGUCGAGGUCGAGGGUCUGAAAUCAAGCGCUGACACACUCUCGCCUUGUCCGUACGUCCGCCCCCUCUCGUGUCGACGGCGCCGCCCACCUAUCAUGUCCUUCGACGCCGUUCGUGCCGCCGCCGUUCUGUCAUCCCAGCUGCCUCUCGUCGUGAUGGCUAUGGACAGCCGCCCCGUUACACGAAUACCCCCGCCUCGUCCGCACAUCAAAGGCACUGUUCACGACAUCCAUGAAAGCUAA